AUCACCUUCCUACUGCUACUCUCUCUCUCUCUCUCUCUCUCUGUGUUCUGCUUUCCUUCCUGUUGCUUUUCUUUGCAUCAAACCACCACUAAUCUCUCUCACUCCACCCCUACGUCUAAUCAUCUCCCAUCUUCUAGACUUGAAGCAUCCAUCCAUCAUCUUCGAGAUUCAUUCCAAACCAACUAUAUUACGAAUUCCACUGCAUAUUUUUCAUAAUUCAAUACAGUUUUAAUCCAUUUUCUCAUCUGGUUAUACAUCCAAUUUUACUGCAAAAAGAUUCAAAAAGCAUCGAUUUAAAGUUGUUUUUUUACCGUUAUGGAUAGAGAUUUCUUUCUCCACGCUGGACUCCACUUCGAACCGCAGACUCAAAUGCCGUCAUGGAAGUUGAUGGCAUCGGCGCCGGAGAUGAAUUGCCCGCCGGCGCAAUCGUCACUUGGUAGAUUCAACAAUUUUGAGUCUGCUUUUAGCUCAAUGGUCUCCUCGCCUGUUUCCAAUUCAGUGGCUCCAAACGACACUUUCGCCGUUCGUGAACUUAUCGGGAAAUUGGGUAGCAUUUGCAAUGGUGAUGGUGAGGUUUCUCCGGCCGCCAUGGCUCCGGCAGCAGCAGUGCCAUUGAAUUCACCACCAAGCAAGUUUGAUUGGCCACCUGUUGACCACUUUGGGAAAGAAAACCAACUCAAUUUGCGAGAUUCAAUUCCUCUCGGUUCUGGAUUUCCAUCACUAACAGCGGAUCCUGGUUUCGCGGAGAGGGCGGCGAAGUUUUCUUCUUUUGGUAGUCGUAGUUUCAAUGGCAGAACUUGUCAAUCAGGGUUAAAUUCAAGCAACCCUGAUUUGCAAUUUAGAUCUAGCGUUUCGCCAUUAAUGAGAAAUGCCAGAAUGCCUCGUGUUUACAGUAGCCCUUCCCUGAAAAUGGAUGGAUCUGCCAUGGCGAUUCGAGAAAACAAGAAUUUGGCUGAAACCCACAUGGCAAACGGGUUGGGAUGUGAAUAUAUAUCCAAUUCAAAUGAAGAAUCCUCUGUUUCCGAACAAAUGCAAAUUGGAUUGAGAAAUCCGGACGAUUCAAACUCAAGAAAGAGAAAAGCUGCAUCUUCAAAAGGCAAAGCUAAAGAAAUUGUAUCACCCAUUGUAAAGGAAGAAGGAAGCGAUGAUUCGAAUUUGAAGAGACAGAAGAAAACAGAGGAGGAUACAAAUGGUGAAACAGAGAAGAAUCCAAAGCUUCCCGAGCCACCAAAAGAUUAUAAAGAUUAUAUUCAUGUUAGAGCAAGAAGAGGUCAAGCUACAGAUAGCCAUAGCCUAGCAGAAAGAGUCAGGAGAGAGAAGAUAAGUGAAAGAAUGAAGCUUCUUCAAGAUCUUGUUCCAGGUUGCAAUAAGGUCACUGGAAAAGCACUCAUGCUCGAUGAAAUCAUCAAUUACGUUCAAUCACUACAAGGUCAAGUUGAGUUUCUGUCCAUGAAACUAGCAACAGUGAAUCCAAGGCAAGAUUUUGACAUGAAUAGUCAACUUUGCAAAGAUGUUCAUAUGAGUCAAUCACAUAGGAAUUUAUCUCAACAACUAUACCCAAUGGAAACAUCCACGUCAGAGUUCUAUCAACAAAACCCACAACAAGUACUUUUUGUUGGGUCUACUGCUAUCACUCAAUCUUCAGUGGACCCAUUGUCCAGCUCCAUUGUUCAUGGAUUCACCCAAACUUUUUCACAAUUCGUUGAAUUUGAAGGAGAUGAUCUAAAUAAUAUUGUCAAGAUGGGUUACAGAGACAAUCAUGAUCAUGAUCAGACAUCGGAAAUGAAAAUUGAGCUCUGACCAUGAUGCAAACGCGUUUGCAGCCAUUGGUCGAUUGAUGGCAUGAUGAGGCCGUGUAAAUACAAAAGAGAGUACUUUUAGUUCGGAUUAAAAUAAUUAAACCUGUAUUUUGCUAAUUGAUCUACUUUUAAGUAUAAUAUUUUCUAGCAUUUCAUUUCAUUUAUUUUUUGUAUUAUGCAUUGUAUUAUAGAGGUUAUGUGGAGUUGAAGGUUCAAAAGUUCGAUAUGUAAUAUAUA